AUGUCUGUGACGGACAUGUCCGCUGUGGUGAACACGUUACGGGUGCUGUUUCAACACGUUCAGACGCUGGAGGAGUUUUUUACCAGCGUCCAAUCUGGACACCAAGAACGGCCCGUCGAGCAGUCUGACCGCUUCAAGUCAUUUACCAGAGAAACGUUUGUGUGCUUUGAUAAAGACCCGCUGAAAAUCCAGAGCUCCGGCCAGACGUGCACUUUCUCAGAACUGCUGGCGUUCAUCAUCAACAAAAUGAAAAGAAAAAAGAAGAGGAAUGUCUUGACACUUGGAUAUAAUUUUCAGGAGCAGGCAUCGGAGGAUUGUCAUGCCGACCAGUUAAAAUUUCACGGAAGUCUGAAACAAAGCGCGGCCUACAUCCACAGCAGCGACAUGUGGAAGGAGGUCUUUCUACGCUUUGGCACAGACGUCUCGCGCUACCUGCUGGAGAGCUGCUCAUUGUUUGCUGCAGCGCCUCCGUCGUGCGUUUUCCAGCUGUGUGGCCUCCCCGUGUACGACAGGGUGUCUACCGUUGCUUCCAGUCGGUUUUAUCUUCAGCCUGGAAUCGGGAAGCGCAGAAGCUCUCGAUUUGGAAGGAAUCAGACAUGUCAUCAGCUGAAGCGGAAGCCUGAAAUUGAGGAUGCUGAUUUAAGCAAAAUCAGGAAGCAAACUGUGAAUAAAAGAAAAAGAAAGAGGGAAGAAACGGUAUCUUGUGAAAGUAAAAGAAGAAGAGUAACACACCAGGAAGAGGGACAGACCAUGUCUGGGACUGCUUUCAAAUGGCCUUCUGCCACACCAGCAGCCAUUCCUUCCAGCGAAGGUAGUCCCAGUUGGAGAUCUGGGACUUUCCCUCCUUUGCCACCUUCACAGUGUUUCAUCCACACACUGGGAUUCCUGUACAGGGGCAGAGGGAUGUCCGGCUUCCUUCUCAACAAGAAGAAGAGAUCGUCAGACGGACCUGGAAGGCUGCAGGGGAAAGAUUUGAUAAGGAUAAUCUUCUUUGAGGGUCUUAUGUAUAUAAACGGUUUAGAGAGAAAGCCAAAGAAACUCCCACGCCGUUUUUUCCACAUGGUUCCCUUGUUCAAUCGGUUGCUACAGCAACACAGAAAAUGUCUCUACAGCAGGAUCCUGCAGAGGAUUUGCCCGGUGGCUGAGCAGAGCAGCGUGGAUCAGGGAGAGUUAAACUCCCUUCUGCCCAAACAUUGUGCUCCUCAUCGGGUCUACCUGUUUGUCAGGGAAUGCCUCUUAGCGGUGAUCCCUCAGCAGCUCUGGGGCUCUGACCAGAACAGACUUCAUUUCUUCGCCAGGGUUAGAGAUUUCCUGCACAGCGGCAAAUUUGAGAAGACCUCUUUGGCCAAGGUGAUGUGGAAGGUGAAAGUGAACGACUGUGAUUGGCUGAAGAUCAGCAAAACUGGCCGCGUCCCACCCAGUGAGCUCGCGUAUCGGACACAGAUCCUCGGUCAGUUCUUGGCUUGGCUGCUGGACGGCUAUGUUGUUGGCCUCGUCCGGGCUUGCUUUUAUGCCACGGAGGGCAUGAGGCAGAAGUGCUGCAUCAGGUUCUACAGACGGGAAGUGUGGGCCAAACUUCAGGACUUGGCUUUCAAAGAUUACCUGGCUCAAAGCCAGAUGAAGGAGUUGUGUCCAGCUGAGGUGGCAUCCUUCCCUAAAGACACAGUCAUCUCCCGACUUCGCUUCAUUCCCAAGACCGAUGGCAUGAGGCCCAUCACGCGAUUCAUAGGCAGAGAUACCAAAACUAAGCUCUAUCAGGCAAAAGCACGCAACUUUCUGGACGCGCUGCAGGCCUGCGUGCAAUCCAAUCCAUCCCUCCUCGGCUCCACCGUGUGGGGGUUGAAGGACAUCCACAAAGUGUUGAGCUCCCUGGCUCCGGCUCAGAAAGACAAACCACAACACCUCUACUUCGUUAAAGUGGAUGUGAGCAGUGCCUAUGAGAGCCUUCCACAUGAUAAACUCAUGGAGGUGAUCGGCCAGGUCCUGUCACCUGUCCAGGAGGAACUCUUCACCGUCCGCUGCUAUUCAAAGAUCUGGAUGGAUCCCCAUGAAGGGCUGAAAAAGGCCUUUGUUAGACAGGCGGAUUUCCUGGAUCACGACUUCAGGCCCACCAACAUGAAGGGAUUUCUGAUGUCUCAGCAGAAAAGUGGAAAAAUCCACUCAGCUGUCACAGUGGAGCAGCAUUUCUGUUCAGAUUAUCGCGGCGUAGAGACGCUACAGUUCUUCACCCAGAUGGUAACGGGCAGCGUGGUUCAGUACAGGAAGAAGUUCUACCGCCGGUGUCGAGGGAUCCCUCAGGGAUCCAUCAUGUCCAGCCUGCUCUGCUGUUUGUGCUACGGCCACAUGGAGAGGGUUCUGUUCAAAACCAUGUCGGCAACAAAAGGAUGUUUGAUGAGGCUGGUGGAUGACUUCCUCCUUAUCACGCCGGACCAACGCCAAGCGCACACAUUCCUCAAGACCUUGUUGGCUGGAGUGCCGCAGUAUGGUCUGGUGGUCAACCCGCAGAAGGUGGUGGUGAACUUUCCGUUACCAGAACGUCCAUGGUCUGGGUUUGAUGUGCACGUGCUGCCCUCUCACUGCCUCUUCCCCUGGUGCGGCCUGCUGCUGGACACACAGUCACUGGACGUCUGUAAAGAUUACUCGAGAUACUCGGGGCUGUCUCUGCGCUACUGCAUGACUUUGGGUUCUUUCCACUCCGCUGGACUGCAGAUGAGAACGAAGCUGAUGUCCAUCCUCAGACUCAAAAGCCACACCCUCUUCUUGGACCUCAAGAAUAAUUCCAUUGAGGUGGUCUACAGGAAUAUCUACAGCCUGCUUCUGCUGCAGGCAUACAGGUUCCAUGCGUGUGCUCAGAAUUUGCCAUUUGGCCAGACAGUUGCGAAGAACCCAGUUUACUUCCUGCAGAUGAUUUGGGACAUGGCUGGAUUUGCCAAUCGGCUCAUCAGGAUCAGCAACAAGGGGCUGUGUUUGGGCAGCAAAAACCAGACGGGCAUUCUGCAGCGUGAAGCGGUGGAGCUGCUGCUUUGUCUGUCCUUUCUCGUGGUUCUGUCUCAGCACCGUCCUCUCUAUAGAGACCUGAUGGCACGCCUCCACACAUGGAAGCGAAGCCUGGAGAGACGUUUGGGGGAUCUGAGCCUGGCCCGGGUUCGACAGGCCUCCAGUCCCAAGAUGCCGUCCGACUUCCUAACCAUCCGAUCAUAG